AUGAGUGGUAUUGGGUUAUCUUCACUUGCUCCAUUUUUCAAAGGAAAUUCAUUAGAAAGUGAAUUUGGUUUUGUUAAUUAUUAUCAUUCUCAUCGAAUUAAUCGUCUAUUACAUACAUGUGCAAUACCUCUAUUAAUAUUUGGUAUUUUAACUAUGACUUAUUCUAUUGACUAUCGUCUCGCUCUAUUCUUUUACAUAUUCUAUUGUGGAAUUGUUUUUCUUUUCGAUUCUAAAACAGCUAUAUCCUAUAUGAUUCUAUUUGGUAUACUUUUUAAUUUAACAAUGAAUUUUUCUUCUCAAAGUACAAAGUCCAUUCUUUAUGGAUUUCUUAUAUUUUUCUAUGGUUUAAUUAUGCAAGGAUUUGGACAUUAUAAAUUUCAACAAUCACCACCCGCUUUUCGUCUAUUUGAAGCUAUAUUUACGACACCAAUAUUUUUAAUGAUGUAUAUUAUUACCGAUCAUAAUAAACCAUUUUGGAAUAAUGUUCAAAAGGAAACAAAUAAAUGGAAACAAAUACUUAAUAAAUAG